UGGAUUUAGGAACAUUCUAGACUAUGCAGCUUGGAAAGGGUUGAAAAUUCAUCUUUUUCUAGACUGUGGCUGCUCAUGAACGAUCACUACUAGCGUGAACACCUGGAUUUAUUAACGUCAAACCAGGUGCAACAUCCAGAAUUAUCUGUUGACCAUAAUGUUUCUGAAGUUGUUUGUCCCGUGCUUCUUUCUCUGCUGUCUCACGGUCUCAGGGAACUUGUCGGUAGCCGAUAAACUGAAUGGGAGGGGAAAUGUGAGACAUGGCACAUCCGAGAAAGCGUCAGACUCCUUAGCUCUGUACCAGACGCUGGUGAAGAUGGACCAACCGGGGUUGAUGGAGAAGGAAGAUGACCACUUACCCCGGGCCAUCCAACAAGUAGACCUUAUACUGGAGGACGGACAGAUCAGAGCAGCGCCAAGCAUGCUAAAACGAGGAUACAGCAUGCCCAACUUUCUAAACAAGUUUUUCGGGGGUUUUGGUAAACGUCACGUGAGGUGAAGUGAGGGUAUUGCAAGGAGAUUGGGCCACUGAAGAAUGCCAGAACUCGCCUUGACGUCACAACAGUGAUGCGCUGAUUCCAUGUGUCACACAUCUGGUGCAUGCUGGCCUACAUGUUC